GCCUUCCCUUCCUUGUCCUUUGCUGUGUGACCGUGACGUGUUUCUUUUGCGUCAUCAGUGUGCGCAGUUGUAACCAAGAUGGCGUCGGUGGAUUUGAGAGCAGAUAACCUCUUGGGGAUAUCCUGGGUUGAUAGUGGAUGGGUCCCCAUUCUCAAUACUGGGAAUGUCCUGGACUACUUCUCUGAAAGAAGCAACCCAUUCUAUGACAGAACUUGCAACAAUGAAGUGGUCAAAAUGCAGCGGCUCACCCUUGACCACUUGAAUCAGAUGGUGGGAGUCGAAUACAUCCUUCUGCAUGUACAGGAACCAAUCUUGUACAUAAUCCGUAAGCAGCAGAGGCAGUCACCGACUCAAGUUAUUCCACUGGCAGAUUACUACAUCAUAGCUGGAGUGGUCUACCAAGCACCGGACUUGGGAUCCGUCAUCAGCUCCAGAGUGCUUUCUGCUGUUCAUGGUAUCCAGUCUUCAUUUGAUGAAGCCAUGUCCUAUUGCCGCUACCACCCUUCAAAAGGCUACUGGUGGCACUUCAAAGAUCAAGAGGAAAGAGAGAAAACAAAACCAAAGACAAAGAAAAAGGAGGAACCAAGUUCGUUUUUCCAGCGGCAGCGAGUGGAUGCGCUACUGCUAGACCUUCAGAAAAAAUUCCCACCAACGUAUUACCAGCCCAAGCCUGGAGAAAAGCCCGUACCAGUGGAGGUUAAGAAGGAGGCUGAUUUGCCUGUGGAAACUGUGAAGCAGGAGGAGAGGGAGACUCCAGCGGGCAAGACACCAGCGCCCGCACCUCCAAGCAAACCCCCACCAGAGAAAAGAGCCAGGCUGCAGUGACACACACACACACACACACACACACACACACACACACACACACACACACACACACACACACACACACACACACACAAAUGGACUCUUGAUCAUUUUGACUUUUUUUUUUUAGCUUGAGAGAAACUGAAAGUCAGUAGGUGUGGCUGUGGAAUAUUUAUAUGGACAACGUUGACAAAGUUUGUCUUUUCUUUGGUCAAAACAACAUGUUUCAUCAUGGUUUACACUUCCAGACUGAUCCAGUCAAAGGUUAAGGAAAGUGUAGUUCAUUUCUCACAUUUUUGAAGUAAUUUGAGAGUAUGAUUUUUGAAAUGCAUUUUGUAAUACAUUUUCAAUGGAAUGCAUGAUGCAUUAAUUGUUCAGAAAAUUCAUGAUAAUUCUUUUUUUUUUUGAAACUGCAAAAACAUGUACAUCCUUUGAUAUUGUGAUAUUAAAUCAAUCUUUUUUGCUACUUAA